UUGUGCACACCCCGUGCAUGUGUUCAUGUGCUAGAGUUCAGGUUAUCUAUUACUUUGUAUCAUAAUGUUUAGUUCCUGUUUAACUGUUUUUUGUGGCCUUUAUAGGCAAUGGUUGCUCGUGGAGACCUUGGUGCUGAACUUCCAAUAGAGGAAGUCCCUUUAUUGCAGGAAGACAUCAUUAGAAGGUGUCACAGUAUGCAGAAACCAGUUAUUGUAGCAACAAACAUGCUGGAAAGCAUGAUUGGUCAUCCUACACCAACAAGGGCCGAGGUUUCAGAUAUAGCAAUUGCAGUACGUGAAGGUGCUGAUGCAGUCAUGCUUUCAGGGGAAACUGCCCAUGGAAAGCCUUCCACCAUCAUAGGAUAUAUGGUCUUACCACUCAGUUGAUUUGGCUUUCACCUUCAGUGUAGGCAUUUUCCACUGGUCUACUAUUGCCGCUUACUGAGUGCCAUCCAUUUCCAACCAUAGCAAUAGUUGCUGAUGAUUGCCACAAUCAUGUUUCAGUUGACUCAAUGUCAGUUGUCUGCUAUUGCUGGAAACAAUCACCAAUCACCAACUACCUGAAUCCUGUCUAUAAUUGUGUGAACAUAUGAUUCUUUUUUACACUGGAUCAGAAAAUU